UAUCGUAAAUAGGAGAAGAGAGUGUUGACGAGUUGUAAUCGUUGGAGCACAGGAAAAGUUUUUUUUUUCGUAGCAAGUGCCAGUGUUUUGAUUUUCCCAUCCUGAAAAAACAGGAGAAAUGUCAGGAUGAGGAGUGCUACAUGGAUUUGGAUUUUCGCGACGGCUGUUGCCGUCGAAAUAGUCGCAUGGGAAUAUCCAUGCGAUCUGCCCCUUCUGGCAGAUUCCACAAAAAAUAAACUCAUGGCCACUACCUGGAUGCCUGAUAGGACACCAGCUGAUGCUCAACUAUACGGAAACAGUGCCUGGUCACCAGCUGAUAACACUUACAAUCAGCUGUUAACAGUGGACUUGGGGGAGAGACAUGAGAUUAGGAGCAUUGCAACACAUGGUCGUGCUCAUACGAGCGAAUUUGUUAUGGAAUUCAUCCUCCAGUACUCUGAUAACGGUCAUGCUUGGAUCAGUUAUGAGAGUCAGGAAGGGGUGGAAGAGAUGUUCAAGGGAAAUACUGACGCGGACUCUAUCAAGUUGAACAAAUUUGAUGUUCCUAUUAUCGCUCAGUUCAUCCGGAUCAAUCCGACUCGGUGGAAGACGAGAAUAUCCAUGAGGAUUGAGCUCUACGGAUGCCCCUAUGUCUCGGAGGUAGCCGGGUUCAACGGUACCUCUCUGAUCGCGAUGGAUCUACAGCGAGAGCCGAUCGAGACAGAUCGUCACUCCCUGCGUUUUCGUUUCAAGACCAACGCAGCUGAUGGAGUACUCCUGUAUUCCAGAGGUACCCAGGGCGAUUUCCUGGCAAUUCAACUGCGUGACAACCGAAUGCUCUUGAAUAUCGACCUGGGCUCCGGUAUGACAACGAGUUUCUCUGUGGGAAGUCUUCUCGAUGACAACCAGUGGCACGACGUCCUGAUCUCUCGAUCCCGUCGUGACAUCGCUUUCUCAGUGGACCGAGUCCUGGUGAAGGGAAAAAUCAAGGGAAAAUUCCACCGACUGGACCUCAACAGGGCACUCUACAUCGGUGGAGUUCCCAACACUCAGGAGGGACUUGCAGUCACCCAGAACUUCACUGGAUGUAUCGAGAACUUCUACCUGAAUAAAACGAACGUCAUAAGAGAUCUCAAGGAUGUUGAGGAGUACGGGGAGAAUACGAGAUUUCAUCGAAUCCACACGAUCUUCGGUUGUCCAGAUCUUCCGAUAAUCUCCGUGACUUUUCUUAAAGCAGAGACCCACGCCAGGAUGAAAGGCUACGAGGGCGCCUCCUCCUUGAAUGUCUCCCUGGCCUUCAGAACUUAUGAGGAACGAGGGAUAAUUCUCUACCACACGUUCACAACUUCUGGAUUUGUGAAGCUCUUCCUUGAGGAUGGGAAGCUCAAAGUAGAGAUCCAGACGAAGGGAAACUCCAAAGUUAUUCUUGAUAAUUUCGAUGAGAGGUUCAACGAUGGCAAGUGGCAUGAGACAAUUUUGACAAUAUCAAAGAACAGUAUCAUUCUGAAUGUUGAUGGCAGACCAAUGAGGACAAAACGCCUCCUGGAGAUAUCGACAGGUCCUCUUUACCUGGUGGGAGGUGGACUACUGGGGAGUCUGAAGAACAAGGGAUUCGUGGGAUGCAUGAGGAUGAUUAGCAUCGAUGGAAAUUACAAACCCCCAACUGACUGGAAAGAGGGAGAGGAGUACGUGGGUGAGGGAAUUGUUCUGGACUCCUGUCAGAUGCUGGAUCGUUGCAAUCCCAACCCCUGCAAACACGGUGGCACCUGCAGGCAGACAUCCACACAAUUUAUCUGUGAUUGUGCCAAUACCGGGUACUCAGGAGCAGUCUGUCACACCUCCCUGAAUCCCUUGUCCUGUGAGGCCUACAAGAAUAUCCACUCGGUGAGUCAACGAGCUGAAAUCGAAAUCGAUGUCGAUGGUAGUGGACCCCUGGACCCCUUCCCUGUCACCUGUGAAUUCUUCGCUGAUGGCCGAGUAAUGACAGUCGUACGUCACAGCAAUGAACUCGCAACACCUGUCGAUGGAUUCCAAGAGCCUGGCAGCUUCAUCCAGGAUAUCAAUUACGACGCCAAUUACGAUCAGAUCGAGGCCCUACUCAAUAGAUCCAUCAGCUGCCGACAGAGGAUCAAUUAUGCCUGCAAGCACUCCAAGCUGUUCAAUACUCCGGUUCACCAGGGUGAGGCGUUCACACCCAAUUCGUGGUGGGUCAGCAGGGGAAAUAAGAAGAUGGACUACUGGGGUGGGGCUCUGCCUGGUUCAAUGAAAUGUGAGUGUGGAGUCCUGGGGAAUUGUGCUGAUCCCACGAAAUGGUGUAACUGUGACUCUGGAUUUGAGGGAUGGCUAGAGGAUGGGGGGGAUAUCACUGAGAAAGAGAAUUUACCAGUCAGACAGUUGAGGUUUGGUGACACUGGAACACCACUUGAUGAGAAAGAGGGGAGAUAUACUCUGGGGCCUCUUAUCUGUGAGGGCGAUGAUCUAUUCAAGAACGUUGUGACUUUCAGGGUUGUCGAUGCCACUGUUAAUUUACCCACUUUCGAUAUGGGACACAGUGGUGACAUUUACUUCGAGUUCAAGACAACAAUUCCUGAUGCUGUGAUUAUUCACAGCACUGGACCCUCUGAUUACAUCAAAGUAUCGAUAACAACUGGCAAUCAGAUACAGUUUCAGUAUCAGGCUGGGGAUGGACCACAGACUGUCAGUGUCCAAACGUCGUACAUGUUGACUGAUAAUAAUUGGCAUUCAGUUCUUGUCGAGAGAAAUCGAAAGGAAGCCAGAAUUGUUCUGGAUGGAGCCCUCAAGAAUGAGAUAAGCGAGCCCCCAGGGCCUGUCAGGGCUCUUCAUCUCACCUCUGAGCUGAUUGUUGGCGCGACAACUCAGUAUCGAGACGGAUAUGUCGGCUGCAUCAGGGCACUCCUCCUCAAUGGAAAGCUGCAGGACCUGAGGGAUCACGCUAGGAGGGGACUCUACGGCGUCAACGAGGGCUGCACUGGAAAAUGUGAGAGCAAUCCCUGUUUAAAUAAUGGCACCUGUCACGAGAGGUACGACGGCUACAGCUGUGACUGUCGUUUCACCUCUUUCAAGGGGCCCAUUUGUGCUGACGAGAUUGGUGUUAAUAUGGGCUCCAAUUCUAUGAUCAAGUACGAUUUUAUGGGCAGCUGGAGAUCAACAAUUGCGGAAAAAAUUAGAGUUGGAUUCACAACAACUAAUGGUGGUAAGGGCUUUUUAUUGGGUCUCUCGUCGAAUAUCUCUGGAGAGUAUCUCUCCAUUUUCGUUUCUAACUCUGGACAUCUUCGAGUUGUCUUUGAUUUUGGUUUCGAGAGGCAGGAGAUUAUUUUCCCUGCCAAAUACUUUGCUUACGGGCAGUACCAUGAUCUCCAUUUGUCAAGGAAAAAUGGAGGUGCCACUCUGGUUCUCCAGGUGGACAAUCUCGAGCCCAAGGAGUUUCAUUUCGAUAUCAAGGCGUCAGCUGAUGCCCAGUUCAACAAUAUUCAGUACAUGCACAUUGGAAAGAAUGAAUCGAUGACUGAUGGAUUCGUGGGCUGCAUUUCCAGGGUGGAGUUCGAUGAUAUUUAUCCUCUGAAGCUUCUGUUCCAGCAGGAUGGACCCGCCAAUGUGAAAUCCCUUGGUGGACCACUUGCCGAGGAUUUCUGUGGCGUUGAGCCCUUCACUCAUCCACCGAAUAUCGUGGAGACGAGGCCACCGCCUCUCGUUGACAGCGAUAAAGUCAGGGCUGCUUACAAUGAGACUGACACUGCUGUUCUUGGGAGUGUUCUUGCUGUUAUUCUCAUUGCCCUCAUUAUUAUGGCGGUUCUCAUCGGAAGAUACAUGUCCAGACACAAGGGAGAGUAUCUCACACAGGAGGAUAAGGGCGCUGAACAAGCACUCGAUCCAGAUUCUGCAGUUAUACAGUCGACAACUGGACAUCAAGUACAAAAGAAGAGAGAGUGGUUCAUCUAGGGAGUGGAGUUGUUGGCUGCAGAUCGGAUUAUUUCAGGGGAGACUUGGAACUAAAGACCUCGAGUUUUAAUUCUCUCUUGAUAUGUCGUAGGAAUUGCAUAAUUCCAUAAGUUUUCUUUUUAUUUGUUCUUCGUUCUUCGAUAUUUCAGUCGCCGAGUGUAAAAGACGAAUUUACAGUUUUUAUUGGUUUUAUACACUGAGGGACUGGAAUUGUAGUUGAUUCGCUUGUGUUCAUUAACAUUGAGGUCAUGAAGGGAGGCAUUGAGUGGAGAUCCCACGAAAUGAUUUUUCACCACUCUAUUACUUUUUUUUUGUAAUUUUUCAUUCCUGUCAGAUUAUUUUACGUUUAGUUUAGUCAUGUACAAAAACGAAUCUCGGAGAAACAUUUACCGUCCAAACAGCAUUUUACCUUAUUUUUUAGUUGUUUUUUUUUUAAUUGUGAAGUAAUAUAUACAGUAUGAUAAUAGGUUUUAGUGGUUUCGAUACUCUUCACAUCACCUCUGAGCUAUGAAUGCUUCUGAUUGAGAAUUCUAAAUUCUUUUCAUGUCAAAGGUGUACAUAAGCUAUGUUUUUAUACAAAAAUGUGUAGUUUUAUACAAUUUGGAUUUUUCAUUGGAUUUUGGAUAUUAUUGACGAAAUAAAUACUUACGUGUUUCACACA